AUGUUUCUGUGGUGGGGACCGGCGGUUGGGUCGUUUUUUCCGGUUCAUCGGGGUCAACCGGGAGUCUACGCGGGGCUCACGGCUGUGCCAUUAUUACUUCUAUUAGCAGUGGAAAUCGUGUUGAUGCCCACUUGCAUCCGUUUCCACUGGUCAGUGGGGCUAGUCGUACCGCUCGCGUUUGGAGUUACGAGACUUUACGUGUACUAACUACUUGCUUCUUAGAUUUAUAGUGGCUUUUUAGAAUCCUCUUAUACCUAGGCUUUGUACCUUUUCCACGCAUCCAUCAACUGACUCAACCAAUGAAUCAACCAAUCAUAGGUUACGACAUGCGUUUCCCCGAUUUUACUUUGGGCACAAUUACAUGGCCAGAUUGUGUUACAAUGAGCAGCGGAGUUUAUCCGCAUCCAGAUGGAACGAAAUUAAUCGCUUACAUUUAGCGGCAAGGCACAAGACACAACUUGCCAGGAUACGGGAAAAAAAUAGAAUAAAAGUACGAUAGUUUCUGCUCUAUCAUUUCACUUCGUAUGAGAAAGAGCUGAUUGCGCCUUGGUAGGUUCUUAUCCCAAGAACAUCGAAGUCCUCCCAUAUGGUUGCAUGCCCAGAAAACGACUAGACAGAUAAGGCUACGACGAGAGCUGGCUGCGGGUAAGCUAGGAAGCUGGCUAUAGCUAAACAGCUGCCGCGCUGGGUCUCCUCGAGCAGCUACGAAGCUAGCUAUGGCGAAGCAGCUAAUAGCAAGCUAGCUAUGGCCCUCUGCAAACUCCCCCAACAUCGAAGUCCUCCUAGAUGGUUAUCAAAUGUACAGUGACAUAUCCAGCAAUUCUUUUCAUCUGUUGCUAGUACAGCAGCUCUACUAGUUCUCCAUUCCAUUAGCUCUCUUUCUCCAU